UCUGGCGCAGUGUGGCGCAUGGCUGAGGGCGGCUGCCCUUUUCCGCCCGUGGUCGUGUCGGCGCCCGCCGGACCUAGUUCAGACACCGGGGAGCGAAGGUCGGAACCCGUCCUGACUUGGUGUGUGAGGUAAAAACAAGACACCACAGCCAAGCCACGGGAUCAUAUCACCUCAUUAACCGCAUGCUGGUGACACUUUUUCGGGCCCACAAUGUGACAGUUUGUGCCAGGAUGAGGAGAGAUCUUGGGCUGGCACUGCUCCUGCUGCUGUCUGCAGCUGUGGAGUCCGACAGCAUGUCUCCACCAGGGAAACCAGUCCUGCUCGGCUGCAGGUCCCCUGAGAAGGAGACGUUUACCUGCUGGUGGGAGACGGGCUCUGACGGAGGGCUGCCGACUACGCACCACCUCUACUACGAGAGAGAAAGAAUGGAGGGAACGCAAGAGUGUCCAGACUACCUCUCGGCAGGGAGGAACUCCUGCUUCUUUGACAAGGAGCACACCUCCAUCUGGGUCGAUUACUACCUGACAGUGGUGGCCUCCAAUGCCCUUGGGAACGCCACUUCAGACCCCUUUAAGAUGGACGUAAUGGAAAUCGUGAAGCCCAACGCUCCUGAAAACGUCACUCUGCAGGUGAUAGAGAGAGAGGACAAUCCAUAUCUCCAGGUCAGAUGGGAGCGUCCUCAUAACACAGACACCAAGUCCGGCUGGGUCACCAUUAAAUAUGAACUAAGAGUCAAACAAGAGAACAGUGACGAGUGGAAGGAGUACGCGUCAGGUACACAAACCCAGUUCAACCUGUACAACAUCAAUCCUGGGGUAAUGUACACUGUUCAGGUGCGCUGUAAAUUAGACCAUGGUUCAUGGAGCGAGUGGAGCAACUCUACCUCCGGGAAAACCUCUAAAUAUCCUCAGAAUGAGAGACCAUUCUGGAUAUUGGUUUCCACCCUUUCUGCAGUUCCGUUUAUAACAGCAAUGUGUAUCUUGGUGAUGAAGAGGAAAUAUGUGAAGCGAUGUCUUCUGCCCCCUGUUCCUGGUCCAAAAAUAAGAGGAGUUGAUGUUCAACUUCUUAAGAGGGGGCGAUCUGAAGAUGUCAUCAAUGCCCUGAUUGUGAACCAGAGCUUUCCUCUUGUGGUGGCCUGGAAGGACCAGAUUGAGGACUACCUAAUCGUGUCUGAUGAGGGACUUCUGCCAAACCCCUCCAAUUCUCAAAAAAGGAAGAAAAGCUUGAUUAUUCCCUCUGGCUUCCACGUAGACUUGGAAAUCCAAUGUAAGGAGUUAACCCCAGGCCAGAGUGACCGGGAGAAGGCUGAGGAAAGAAAGAAUGAUAUAGAUAACUUUGUAAAAAGCAAUAUGUCCCCUUCAGGGGAGAGGUUAUCUAACAUGGAGCCACCCCAGCUGCCAAUUCAGAAACAGCUGUGCCCAAGUGUAAACUUUUCGAACACAGAGGCAGCAGAUCAGAGUCUGUCAUGUCAUGAUGGUGCUGCAAAGAACACUGUCCAACCUCUGGCAAACAGCGGUUAUGUGGAUAUUCAGAGACAUCAGAACAUACGGGAGGCGGAUUUGAAAGAGGUGGACUAUAGCAGAGUGAUGGAGUCGAAAGGUGACAAUAUUCUCAUCCUCCAGAAAGAAAACGUCCGAGGCUACAUGGACAAUCGUAGACAAGAAGAGAACAUACCAGAGGACUACAGCAGGGUGAAGGAGGUGGACAGUGACAAUAAGGUUCUCCUGCAAAGACAAAAUAUCUCAGUUGACUCUUCCUGUAGGGAGAAGGGUAACCACUACACAGACUGCACCAAUAAGAAGCCAAUAAAUCCUCAUGUAACUGGACCCAGUAAAGUGGGAGUGUGCACAGAACUAAUCGGUAGUGGAUACGUAGAUACUAUCCCUGCACCACCUUUAAUUUAAAGUUUUGUUUCAUAUGCAAUGUCCAAAUACAAAUGACAGAUGUCCCUAGUGAUUUACUAGUGAUUUUGUGAUUGAAGAAAAAGACUAGAGAUAUUCUAUAUUUUUGGUAUCAUUAUCGGAUGGAUAGCCAUUACAUUUGGCACAGGCAUUCAUGGUCAACAGAGGAAGAAUCCUACUGACUUUGUUGAUCCCCUGACCCUUUCUCUGCACCAUGUGCUUAACGUGGUUCAGAAUGUGAUAUCCUGACAGCUAUUAAAUGGAUUGCAGUGAUAUUUAAUACAGAUAUUUUGGUUUUCUUGAGGAUAAAUUUUAACGAAAUUGAUGAUCCUCUGACUUUCCCUCUAGCGCUACCAGUAGGUCAGAUUUUCCACCUAUUCAGUGAAAUAGCUUGACAUCUGCCUGAUGGAUGGGCACAAAAUUUUGUUCUGAUAUGGUUCCAACCCGCAGAUGAAUCCUAGUUACUUUGGUAAUCUCCUGACUUUUCCGCUAUCGCCACCAGCAGGUUGACAUUUUUCACUCCAAGUGAAAUAUCUCAACAUAUAUGGGAUGGAUUACCAUGACAUUUGGUACAGACAUUCAUGU